CUUCGCGCAGCUCCCGGCCGGCCGCUGCCCGCUGGGGAAGCCGAAAUGACCGGGUCUGCUUGAGCGGUGGCCGCACGUCGGUCUGCUUGUUUUAGGCCGGGUUCGAGGCGCGAGCUUGGAACUCGGAGUGGCGGCGCUGGAGUCCACGCCGCGCAUGGACGCGCCGGAGAAUCCCGAGGGCCCUCGCCCACCAGGAGGUGGUGGCCGAGCAGGAGGUGACGCAGAGACACCCAGGCGGCUGUCAAGAGAACAGCUUUUUGUGCUGAUAUCCGCUGCUUCCAUGAACUUAGGUUCCAUGAUGGGCUAUUCUGUCCUGGGACCCUUUUUCCCCAAGGAGGCUGAAAAGAAGGGAGCCAGCAAUACUGUUAUUGGCAUGAUCUUUGGAUGUUAUGCUUUAUUUGACUUGUUGGCAUCUUUGGUGUUUGGAAAAUAUCUUGUACAUAUUGGAGCAAAAUUUGUGUUUGUAGCAGGAACCUUUGUCUCAGGAGGAGUUACAGUUCUCUUUGGCGUCCUGGACCAAGUUCCAGAUGGACCAAUAUUUAUUGCUAUGUGUUUUCUGGUGAGAAUAAUGGAUGCAAUAAGCUUUAGUGCAGCAAUAAUGGCAUCUUCUUCUAUCAUUGCAAAGGCUUUUCCAAAUAACGUAGCUACAGUAUUGGGAAGUCUUGAGACUUUUUCUGGACUAGGACUAGUACUGGGUCCUCCUUUAGGUGGCUUUUUAUAUCAGUCCUUUGGCUAUGAGGUGCCUUUCAUUUUACUGGGCUGUAUAGUUCUCCUGAUGGUACCACUCAACAUGUAUAUUUUACCCAAUUAUGAUGCUGAUGUAGGUAAACACUCAUUCUGGAAACUCAUUACUCUACCCAAGGUUGGCCUCAUAGCCUUUGUCAUCAUUUCGUCCAGCUCAUGUUUUGGCUUCCUUGAUCCCACUCUGUCUCUUUUUGUUUUGGAGAAGUUUAACUUACCAGCUGGAUAUGUGGGACUGGUAUUCCUGGGUUUGGCACUGUCCUACACCAUUUCUUCUCCACUCUUUGGUCUGCUCAGUGACAAAAUGCCUCAUCUAAGGAAAUGGUUUCUGGUUUUUGGAAACAUAAUCACAGCUGGGUGUUUCAUACUUUUAGGACCUGUCCCAAUCUUGCACAUUAAAAGUCAGCUCUGGCUGCUGGUGCUGGUGUUAGUGAUCAAUGGCGUCUCUGCUGGAAUGAGUAUUAUUCCAACUUUCCCAGAGAUCCUCAGCUGUGCACAUGAAAAUGGAUUUGAAGAGGGAUUAAGUACAUUGGGACUUGUGUCAGGUUUCUUUGGUGCAGUGUGGUCGCUUGGUGCUUUUAUAGGACCAACAGUCGGUGGAUUUCUGUAUGAGAAAAUUGGUUUUGAGUGGGCAGCAGCAAUACAAGGUCUCUGGGCUCUGAUAUGUGGAUUGGCAAUGGGCUUAUUUUAUCUACUGGAGCACAUAAGGAGAAAAAGAUCUAUACCUCAAAAUAUCCCCAGCACAGAGCAGGAACGAACUGCUCUCUUGCCUAAUGAAAUCUACCCUUACACCAUCCUGGAGUGAUACAGGACUGGGAGAUGUAUUCUCAUGGUCUUGAACAUCGCUGCUGGAGAUUUCCUGAUUUUUUGCACAGAACUCCAUUGACCCCGUACCAGCAACCUGGGAGCAUCAACAUGUUUUUGGAUGAUCCUAUAUCGGGCUGCAUGUACUGUUGUCUUGGCAAGCUGGCUUGCUGAGCAGAUGCAUUUGAAACCGUAAGAUGAGAAUGGUAGCUGAAAAUCAGGCGAAGUUUGCACUUUUAAGUAAGCACACUUAGGCUUGACUCUAUUUAAGUCAUCCUUUGCUUGCUUUUUUUUUUUUU